GAAAAAUUAAGCGAGAUCUUUUUGGGGCCUUUUAGGCUUAAGCCCACCCGCAUCCGCAUGAGAAGCAAAUACAAUCAGUCCAGACUUGCCGGUGCAUUUGAACGCUCACUCCCAAACCGCCUCGCAGUCGCUCCUCCUCACAAACUCACGCCGUGUGAUAUAAAUCUCCAAACAUCUCUUUAAAACUUGUAGUUUCCAUUCCAAUCUCGCCGCUCAAGGAUUUUUAUAUCCGGAUACUGGUUUUUUCUAGCGUGGUUUCGUUGAAUGGAAUCGAGACCUGGUUUGUACAACUAUUUGUCGAUUUAUAAGGGUUUGUCGAACUAGACGUGGUUGAUUAGAGAUGGCACAUUUAGGUGGUGGUGCUGAGGCGCAUGCCCGGUUUAAACAGUAUGAAUACAGAGCCAACUCGAGCCUUGUGUUGACAACUGAUUCUCGGCCAAGAGAUACGCAUGAGCCAACUGGGGAGCCUGAGUCUUUGUAUGGGAAGAUAGACCCCAAGAGUUUUGGUGACCGUGCUUACAGAGGGAGACCUGCAGAGUUGGAUGAGAAAAUCACCAAGUCUAAGAAGAAGAAGGAACGUGAACCAUCAUCACUUGCUUCUGCUGAAGCUGGGAAUAACAGACAGAGCAAGAGGCGGCGUCUUCAAGAAGAGAGUGUCCUUACAUCAACAGAGGAAGGGGUUUAUCAGCCAAAGACGAAAGAAACUCGAGCUGCAUAUGAGGCAAUGCUUAGUGUCAUACAGACACAAUUGGGUGGUCAGCCUUUGAAUAUUGUCAGUGGUGCUGCAGAUGAGAUCUUGGCUGUGCUCAAGAAUGAUACUUUGAAGAACCCGGACAAGAAGAAGGAUGUUGAGAAAUUGCUAAACCCUAUACCGAGCCAGGUGUUUGAUCAGUUAGUCUCUAUUGGGAGGCUUAUAACAGAUUUUCAAGAUGCAGGCGGUGAUGCUGCUGGGUCUAAUGCUGCAAAUGGUGAAGAUGCUCUUGAUGAUGAUGUUGGUGUAGCUGUUGAAUUCGAAGAGAAUGAAGAGGAUGAUGAAGAGAGUGAUCUUGAUAUUGUACAGGAAGAUGAUGACGAGGAAGAAGAUGAUGUUUUGGACAGAGAUGGGAACAAUGCUAUGCAAAUGGGUGGGGGUAUGGAUGAUGACGACUCACAAGAAGCUAAUGAGGGUAUGACACUUAAUGUACAGGACAUUGAUGCUUAUUGGCUUCAGAGGAAGAUCUCCCAGGCUUAUGAGCAGCAGAUUGAUCCACAGCAAAGCCAGAAGCUUGCUGAAGAGGUACUGAAGAUUCUUGAAGAAGGUGAUGACCGUGAAGUCGAAACGAAGCUAUUGGUGCAUCUUCAGUUUGAUAAGUUCAGUCUGAUAAAGUACCUUUUGAGGAACAGACUGAAGAUUGUGUGGUGUACCCGUCUCGCAAGGGCUGAAGAUCAAGAUCAAAGGAAGCAAAUUGAAGAACAAAUGAUGGGACUGGGGCCUGAUUUGGCUGCAAUAUUGGAACAACUGCAUGCCACAAGGGCAACAGCAAAAGAGAGGCAGAAGAACUUGGAGAAAAGCAUAAGAGAAGAAGCAAGGCGUUUGAAGGAUGAGAGUGGUGGUGGAAAUGGGGAUCGUGGUCGAAGGGAUGUUGUUGACAGGGAUGCUGAGAACGGUUGGUUGAAUGGUCAAAGACAGUUGCUUGAUCUUGAAAGCAUCGCGUUUCAGCAAGGUGGUCUUUUGAUGGCAAAUAAAAAGUGUGAGCUUCCUUUAGGCUCUUACAGAAAUCACAGCAAGGGAUACGAAGAGGUUCAUGUGCCAGCAUUGAAGCCCAAACCACUUGCUCCUGAUGAGAAGCUUGUAAAGAUCUCAACCAUGCCAAGCUGGGCACAACCAGCUUUUGAGGGGAUGAAUCAGUUAAAUAGGGUUCAGAGUAAAGUUUAUGAGACUGCUCUGUUCAAAGCAGACAAUCUUUUACUCUGUGCCCCCACUGGAGCAGGGAAGACCAAUGUUGCUAUGCUCACAAUUCUGCAACAAAUAGGUUUGCAUAUGAAUGAGGAUGGUACGUUCAACCACAAUGACUACAAGAUUGUCUAUGUGGCACCAAUGAAAGCCCUUGUUGCUGAAGUUGUUGGUAACCUGUCCAAUCGUUUGAAGCACUAUGGUGUCACUGUGAUGGAGUUGAGUGGAGAUCAGUCUUUGACCCGUCAACAAAUUGAAGAAACACAAAUCAUUGUCACCACUCCAGAAAAAUGGGAUAUUAUCACUAGAAAAUCCGGAGACCGCACUUACACUCAACUUGUUAAGCUUCUAAUUAUUGAUGAAAUUCAUCUUCUGCAUGAUAACAGAGGACCUGUUCUUGAGAGUAUUGUGGCAAGAACUGUUAGACAAAUUGAGACAACAAAGGAACAUAUUCGGUUGGUUGGGCUAUCUGCAACACUUCCCAAUUAUGAUGAUGUUGCGUUAUUUAUGCGAGUUGACUUGGAGAAAGGCCUGUUUCAUUUUGACAAUAGUUACAGACCUUGCCCACUUGCUCAACAGUAUAUUGGAAUUACAGUAAAGAAGCCAUUGCAGAGAUUUCAAUUGAUGAAUGAUAUUUGUUAUGAAAAGGUGAUUGGAGUGGCUGGGAAGCAUCAGGUGCUUAUAUUUGUGCAUUCAAGGAAAGAAACAACCAAGACUGCACGUGCAAUUAGAGACACUGCUCUUGCCAAUGACACCCUGGGGAUCUUUUUGAAAGAAGAUAGUGCAAGUCGUGAAAUUCUCCAUGAACAUACUGAGCUGGUGAAAAGCAAUGAUCUCAAGGAUCUGUUGCCUUAUGGUCUUGCAAUUCACAAUGCAGGAAUGGCUAGGGCUGAUCGUCAACUUGUUGAGGAACUGUUUGCUGAUGGACACAUUCAAGUACUUGUUUCAACAGCUACUCUUGCAUGGGGUGUGAACUUGCCUGCCCACACUGUGAUUAUUAAAGGAACCCAAAUUUAUAACCCAGAAAAAGGAGCCUGGACAGAGCUUAGUCCUCUGGAUGUCAUGCAGAUGUUGGGUCGUGCUGGGAGGCCACAGUUUGAUACUUAUGGUGAAGGAAUCAUUAUAACCGGACACAGUGAGCUGCAGUACUAUCUUUCAUUGAUGAAUCAACAGCUUCCUAUUGAAAGUCAGUUUGUGUCCAAAUUGGCUGAUCAGUUGAAUGCAGAAAUAGUCCUUGGAACCGUGCAGAAUGCAAAAGAAGCCCUCAAUUGGCUUGGUUACACUUAUUUAUACAUUCGUAUGGUGCGCAACCCUACACUUUAUGGUUUAUCAGCUGAUGCUCUGACAAGAGAUCUUUUACUUGUAGAUAGGAGAGCUGAUCUGGUCCAUUCUGCAGCUACAAUACUGGAUAAAAACAAUCUGGUGAAGUAUGAUAGAAAAAGUGGGUAUUUUCAGGUUACUGAUUUGGGUCGAAUCGCAAGUUACUACUACAUAACUCAUGGAACUAUUGCUACUUACAACGAGCAUUUGAAGCCCACCAUGAGCGAUAUUGAGCUUUGCAGAUUAUUUUCACUGAGUGAGGAGUUCAAAUAUGUAACAGUAAGACAAGAUGAGAAGAUGGAACUUGCAAAGCUUUUGGACCGUGUUCCUAUUCCCAUCAAGGAAAGUUUGGAAGAGCCCAGUGCAAAGAUCAAUGUCUUACUCCAGGCUUAUAUUUCCCAGUUAAAGCUUGAAGGACUUUCUUUGACAUCUGACAUGGUGUUCAUAACUCAGAGUGCGGGACGUCUUAUGCGUGCUCUUUUUGAGAUUGUAUUGAAAAGAGGAUGGGCACAGUUAGCCGAGAAAGCCUUGAACCUGUGCAAAAUGAUUAACAAGAGGAUCUGGAGCGUACAAACCCCACUACGCCAAUUUCACGGUAUUAAAAAUGACAUUCUGAUGAAACUGGAGAAGAAGGAUCUGGCAUGGGAAAGAUAUUAUGAUCUGUCAUCACAAGAGCUAGGAGAGCUUGUUAGAGCACCAAAGUUAGGGAGAAAUCUUCACAAGUGCAUUCACCAAUUCCCAAAGCUUAAUCUUGCAGCACAUGUUCAACCAAUCACCCGCACCAUCUUGAAGGUGGAACUCACUAUCACUCCAGAUUUUCAGUGGGAAGACAGGAUUCAUGGGUAUGUGGAGCCGUUUUGGGUGAUUGUAGAAGAUAAUGAUGGGGAAUACAUACUCCAUAAUGAGUAUUUCUUGUUGAAGAAACAAUACAUCGACGAGGAUCACACUUUGAGUUUCACAGUCCCGAUUUAUGAACCUUUGCCACCUCAGUACUUCAUUAAGGUUGUCUCGGACAGAUGGCUUGGAUCCCUGUCUGUUUUGUCUGUUUCUUUCCGCCACCUAAUCUUACCGGAAAAGUAUCCUCCACCAACAGAGCUGCUGGACUUGCAGCCACUCCCUGUGACUGCUUUGAGAAAUCCAUUAUAUGAAGCCCUUUAUCAAGAAUUCAAACACUUUAACCCUGUCCAAACUCAAGUCUUCACAGUUCUAUACAACACCGAUGACAAUGUGUUGGUUGCUGCACCAACUGGCAGUGGGAAGACCAUAUGUGCUGAGUUUGCAGUUUUAAGGAACCAUCAGAAAGUUUCGGAGGGAGUGAUGCGUGCUGUUUACAUUGCUCCUGUUGAAGCACUUGCCAAGGAGCGAUAUAAUGAAUGGAAAAAGAAAUUUGGAGAUGGUCUUGGGCUGAGAGUUUGCGAGUUGACCGGGGAAACAGCCACAGAUUUGAAGUUGCUGGAAAAAGGGCAGGUGAUAAUCAGCACUCCGGAUAGAUGGGAUGCUUUGUCUCGUAGAUGGAAGCAACGUAAGCAUAUUCAGCAAGUAAGUCUUUUUAUUGUUGAUGAGUUGCAUUUGAUUGGGGGUCAAGGUGGGCCAGUGUUGGAGGUGAUUGUCUCUAGGAUGAGAUACAUUGCUAGUCAAGGUCAUAACAUUCGGAUAGUGGCACUAUCCACUUCACUUGCAAAUGCCAAAGAUUUAGGUGAAUGGAUUGGGGCCACAUCACAUGGUCUUUUCAAUUUCCCACCAGGUGUUAGGCCUGUGCCCUUGGAAAUCCAUAUUCAGGGGAUAGACAUAGCUAAUUUUGAAGCCAGAAUGCAAGCCAUGAGCAAACCUACUUACACUGCUAUUGUCCAACAUGCCAAGAAUGGAAAACCAGCCAUUGUAUUUGUUCCAACAAGGAAGCAUGCAAGGUUAACUGCUGUGGAUCUGAUGACAUAUUCGAGUGCUGAAAGUACAUACGAGAAUGGAGAGAAGCCUUUGUUCUUACUUCAAUCUGAAAAUGAGAUAAGCCCGUUUGUUGAGCGGAUUAAAGAACCCAUGUUGAAGGAAACUCUGGUCUACGGUGUGGGAUAUUUGCAUGAGGGUCUAACCACAACUGACCAAGAUAUAGUCAGGACACUGUUUGAAACUGGUUGUAUUCAGUACUAUGAUGGCCGGGAAAACGCACACACCGAUUAUCCAGUUACCGAUCUUCUUCAGAUGAUGGGCCAUGCAAGUCGGCCUCUUGUGGAUAACUCUGGAAAGUGUGUCAUCUUCUGCCAUGCACCACGUAAGGAAUACUACAAGAAGUUCUUAUUCGAAGCAUUCCCAGUUGAAAGCCAUCUGCAUCACCACCUACAUGAUAAUUUGAAUGCUGAGGUGGUUGUUGAAGUGAUUGCCAACAAGCAAGAUGCUGUUGAUUAUCUGACCUGGACAUUCAUGUACAGGAGGCUUACACAGAACCCAAAUUACUACAAUCUUCAAGGUGUGAGUCAAAGGCAUCUCUCGGAUCACCUGUCUGAACUUGUGGAGAACACUUUAAGCGACCUGGAAGCGAGUAAAUGUGUUACGAUUGAAGAUGAUUAUGAUCUUUCCCCUUUGAAUCUUGGUAUGAUUGCUUCUUAUUACUACAUCAGCUACACUACAAUAGAACGGUUCAGUUCUUCUUUGACCACCAAGACAAAGCUGAAGGGCCUUUUGGAGAUUUUGGCUUCCGCUUCAGAGUAUGAGCAACUUCCUGUUCGCCCUGGAGAAGAGGAUUUGAUACGUAGGUUGAUCCAUCAUCAGAGGUUUUCCUUUGAGAACCCGAAAUACGCGGACCCACACGUGAAGGCGAAUGCACUGCUACAAGCACACUUUGCUAGACAAACGGUAGGUGGGAAUCUUGGUUCUGACCAGCAAGAAGUGGUGCUAUCUGCAAGCAGGUUGCUUCAGGCCAUGGUUGAUGUUAUUUCAAGCAAUGGAUGGCUUAGCUUGGCUCUUCUGGCCAUGGAAGUGAGCCAGAUGGUGACACAGGGCAUGUGGGAGAGAGACUCUGUUCUGUUACAGCUGCCUCAUUUUACAAAAGAUGUAGCCAAGAGAUGCCAGGAAAACCCUGGAAGGAGUAUAGAGACUGUGUUUGACUUGGUGGAAAUGGAGGACGAUGAGAGAAGGGAGCUGUUACAGAUGUCGGAUCCUCAGCUCAUGGAUAUCGCAAAGUUUUGCAACCGGUUCCCUAAUAUCGAUUUGUCGUAUGAUGUGGUGGAUGGUGACAACAUUAGGGCUGGAGAGGAGUUUACUAUGGUGGUGACUCUUGAAAGGGAUUUAGAGGGUAGGACUGAGGUGGGACCGGUGGAUGCCCCGAGGUAUCCAAAAGGUAAAGAGGAAGGUUGGUGGUUGGUGGUUGGUGACACAAAGAGCAACCAGUUGCUUGCAAUCAAGAGGGUUUCGUUGCAGAGGAAGGCCAAGGUGAAGCUUGAUAACAUCACUGCUCCAAGUGAUGCAGUUGGGAAGAAAAGCUUUACUCUGUAUUUCAUGUGCGACUCUUACAUGGGAUGCGACCAGGAGUAUACUUUCUCUGUUGAUAGCAGUCAGGUCUUAGGGGUUCUCUGGUCUCUUGAAAGUCUACUGGUGAAAUGGUAUUAUAGGAGUGGGAGUGGGAGUGGGAGGGUGAAGGAUUCUGAUUCUUGUAUCUUACUUACACUUGGGCGUCAGGAGGUUCUACUGAUAAUGUAGUUAGUUGAUAGUUGUAUUGACUGCUGAGACUAGCUUAGUAACUGUCUUGUCAUCUUUUUGUUGCUUCUUUAAAGCAUAAAACAUAUUUUAUGGUGUAGGAAUGAAAUGUUAUGACCUCACCUUACCUUAGUUUUGGGAUAUGAUCUUUCUGAGCCUUUAGAACAAGGCAGGCAGGUUGAGGGUGUAUAUUAUUAUUAACUACAACAAUUUACUUUUAAAAUAUGCCAUGGAAUGGGAUUUUGCUUUAAAGAUGUAUUCAAAUUCCCAGC